AUGGUGGAGCCGGACUACUCGCAGCUCAUUGUACCCCGCUACGACCCUGCAACAGAUGUUGCGCAGGAGCGGCCAAGGAAGCGGAGAGCAGCAGCGCAGGCAGCAGCAGCAGCAGCAGAGACAGAGCGGCACUCAGAUGCAACGACAGACGAAGAAGAGGAGCAGCAGCAGCAGCAGCAGCAGCAGGUGGAAGCCCCUGCAGCAAUAGACCCUCUGGAAUGGGCAAAAAGCCUCUUCGGUGAAUCUGCUGCAGCAGCAGCAGCACCAGGAGCAGCAUCUGCAGCAGCAGCAGCAGAUGCAACAGCUUCAGACAGGCCAGCUGCAGCCGGCGACCGCAGCAGCAGCAGCAGCAGCAGCAGCAGCAGCAGCAGCAGCGCAGCAGUGCAGCGACUCUCACUUCCUUCCUGUGCUGCGGCUUUGAAUUUUCGAAUUCCCGCAUUCGAGCUUGUGUGCGGGUUGGCAGCAGCAGCAGCAGCGGCAGCAGCAGCAACAGCAGCAGCGCACACCCUCAUCCUCAUUAGCAGCAGCAGCAGCAAAUUCAGAGGCGCAGUUUAUAACGGAAGUCUGCAGACGGUUAAUAAUAAUAUAAUUAAUAAAAUGGGAGACAAAUUUGCUGCAGGAGACACUCAGCACAACCCCCAUCCCUCUGCUGCUGCUGCUGCUGCAGCUGCUUCAGGGCUCACCACAGCAGCACAGCAGCAAGAGAAACUUGCAGCAGCAACAACAGACACAGCAACGAAGGAGACCCCAGCAGAAGGAGCACACACAGUGGCAGCAGCAGCAGCUGCUGCAGCAGCAACCGAAGCCGAGACAGGGAAGUCGGACGGCAAGAAGCAUGAUGUAGAAGACAUGCAGCAGCAGCAGCAGCGACGCAGCAGCAAACGCAGUGACGGCGCAUGCGUAGAGACCAGCUCACACAGCAGCAACAGCAGCAACAGCAGCAGCAGCAGCAAUAGUGCAGCAACUGCUGAAGAAGCUGCAGCAGCUGCAGGUGCAGCUGAAGGUUCCCCAGCAGCAGCGGAACCGAACGCGACUUCUCCUGGCAGCGGCAACAGCAGCAACAACAGCAGCACCAGCGACAGUAGCAGCAGCAGCAGCAGCAACAGCAACAGCAGCAGCAACAGCAGCAGCAGCAGCAGCAGCAACAGCAGCAGCAGCAGCAACAGCAGCAGCAGCAGCAGUUUGGGGUUGGAGGCGAAGCAGCGUGCUCGGUUGAAGCGUUUGGGUUUAUUUUGUUCUAAGAGUGAUGGCUUUGCGAAGGGCGCGGUGAUCACUGAAUUUGUUGGUUGGUUGGUGGACAGAGAGCAGGCAGAACAACUCCGCAACAAACGAAGGGCCUCCCACAUCGUCGCUGUUCAGAAGGGCUUUCUGUACAUCGAUGGAGUGAAGGAGCCGUACUACGGCACUGGGGGCGCCAGCUUCGCAAACGACGGCAGCGAAUUUCUCGGAGGCCCCGGAAAUAACUCCAUUUUCUACCAUUGGUUCGAUGAGGAGUUGGGGCGGACUCGCGUCUUUUUGAGGGCCACGCGAGAUAUUGCAAAUGGCGAAGAAAUUUUCGUCCCCUAUGACAAAACCUACUGGCAAGACAACUUCGAAGAACAGGAGGAGAACUGCCCCGACGCAUUUCGAAAGAAGAAGAUCGAGCAGCUGCAGCGCAAAUACAAAGACUUCACCAUUACCUCCAUGGAAGAUCUCAAAGCGAGACAGGCGCUUUUGGAGCAGCAGCGUCGCGCGAAGCAAGAGAAGGUGAAGGCAGGGAAGAAGAAGCCGCCGAAGCCAAAUGUAAAGAGGCCGUUGUCUGCUUUUAUGCGGUUUUCAGUGGGCAGGCGGCGGGAGUUGGUGGCGGCAAACCCCGAACUGAGGCAUCCGAAGUGCUUCAAGGAGAUCGCCCAACGCAUUUCGCACGAGUGGAAAGAACUCGGCGCACAGAAGAAACAAGAAUUCGAACAGCAAGCCGCAGCGGACUUUAACAAAUACAAACAGAAAGUACGCGAGUGGAGAGCCAAGCACGCACCCAAAUCCAAAAGAAAACAGAAGAAAAACGCCAAAGCCCGCAACAGUCAGCCAGCUCCUGCUACACCGGCUCACGGAGCGGAAAGUGCUGCUGAUGAGGCCGAAACGGAUGCAAAAGCUGAACGUCUUCAUACUGAAGCUGCUGCUGAAGCUGUUGGUGGGGAGAAGACAGGAGCGAACGAACUGCAUCAGCGAGACGUGAAAACGCAGAGCCAAGAACCCAACGCUGCAAAUGCUGCGACAGACGUGCCUGAAAGCACAGUGGACAGUAGCAGCAACAGCAGACAGUCCUCAGUUCCUGAAGCCCCCGAUGCAACAGGUGCUAACAGAUUUGAGGACAAGAAAGAGGCGCCUGCUGCAGCAAUAGAGUGCGCCUCGACGACAGGGUAG